CAAACCUACCCUGCUUUGCUAUAAAGUAUAGUAGACAUUGAAUUUGAUAGCGGGAGAGUGUUUUCUUCUGACGACCCGAGUGUGGAAGAGAGUGCGGUUGGGACGACGCAGCGGCGACAAGAUGAUUAUCCCUGUUCGGUGCUUCACCUGCGGAAAGGUCAUCGGUAACAAGUGGGAUACGUAUCUGGACCUCCUUCAGGCCGAUUACACGGAAGGAGAUGCUCUUGAUGCACUGGGAUUGGUCCGAUAUUGCUGUAGGCGGAUGCUCAUGACUCAUGUUGACCUCAUUGAGAAGCUCUUAAACUACAACACUUUGGACAAAACUGAGUCAGGUUGACCGGAUGGAUGGCUGCUUAUCUGGGAUCGCAACUCUCCGAAGAACAUGGCAUGGAUAGCUAGGGAUUCUCUUGUAAUGAUAUACAUCUAUAUUCUGUUAAUUGAACAUACUAUCGCAGCUUGACUGCAUUGACUUUUUGUUCCACAGUUUAGCUUGUUUAAUUCUAGUUUUUCCUGCCUUCAUCAA